AUGUCGGAAGACGAUACUAAUUCUGAACGCGGCCAGCUCCACACCAACGAGGAGAAGCAUUUGCGUCUUCCUUACCCUGAGGGAGCCAGUCCACUAGAAAAUGUCAAGCACAGGGCGGGGGAGGCCUUCGAGGCUAAAACGGGGUUGAUGCUUGCCCAUGACCCAGUCACAGUUCAGGGCUCGGUUCCGAGUGCCGCCCGUGCCGGUUUGCCGAUGAAACUCUGGCAACAACCAGGUCGAUCCUGUGCGAAACUGUUUUUGCGAUCCAGAACGUCUGCGCCCCUUCUUUUUAGGUAUCCAUGCUGA